AUGGUAAAGUUUCUGCUGCUGGCUUUGGCAUUUGGACUGGCUCAUGCUCAUGUGGAGGUUGAUGGAAAAUGGGAAACAGUUGCCAUCGCUGCUGACAAUGUUGACAAGAUAGAACUGGAAAGACCUCUGAGACUCUACCUUCGUGAACUUACUUGUAAUGAGGAAUGUAGUGAAAUGGGAGUCACAUUUUAUGUCAAUUUGAAUGGCCAAUGCUCAAAGACCACAGUCACUGGGUAUAAGCAAGCAGAUGGCUCCUACAGAACCCAAUAUGAAGGUGACAACAAAUAUGAACUUGUGCAUUUAACACCAAAGCAUGCAGUCUUUACCAGUAAGAAUGUGGAUAGUGCCGGCACAGAAACAAACUUGAUUUUUGUUCUUGGAAAAGGUGGGCCUUUAAAUAAAGAAGAACAUGAAAAACUUGAGAAAUUUGCUGAGAAUAAGAACAUUCCACCAGAAAACAUUCAGGAUGUUCGGGCUACAGGAUUACCUCAUCCAACCUUGCUGAAGGAGAGGGUGUCUGGUCUCAAUGCAGCUUGA